AAAAACACACAGUACCUUUGAGUUUCGGCAACCCCAAGUGGCGGCGCGCAUUGAGGCAUGGCGGCCAUCUCGAUCGCAAGGGACAGUGACGCUCUUGAAAAUGCCACGAGACAUGCUCAUGGCACAGAUGAACGACAUGACAAUGAGGCUAACACGUCCGACCAGUCUCGCUCGCCUAACAGUCCAUUCGCCGACCGAACGUCGGUGUCGUCGCCUGCAACUUCUUCGUCGACAGGCGGCGGUGUGCCACCUCGACUCAUGCGAGCGAGGACGCGUUCGUCCUCUUCUGUUUCCAUCAAAAGUGGUGGGGACGACGACAUGGACGACGCCGAUGAUGGGAACCGCUCAGAUUCCUCGAUUGUCUCUGCUCCCGCAGCAACAGCAACGACCUUGGCCAAGAAGCCAUAUGUGAUGGGCACGGCCGAAAGCAAUGGUUUGCGGCGAACGGUGAAAGUUGUAGUGCAACGAACGACGGACGUCGAGCAACGAUUGCCCCAAAUGGUGCACAAGAUAGGGGUGAUUGUGGAAACCCCGCGCCAUCCAAACACGUGGUUCCGUGUGCGGUUCCGCAGCGGCAAGAUCCAUACCUUCCGAGCGUCGGGGCUGAAGCCAUUGAAGGAAGCGCAAGCGGAUGGAGACAACGUGGACCUGAGCGAAAUCCCCGACGACCAGGACCUCGGUCCUCCGAGCGACGACGACCAUGAGUCUGGGUCGGCCCCACCGCCGCCGCCUCCACCGCCUCCUUCCGACGACACUAGUCGCUUUGAAAAGCACGACAAGGUCACAAUCAAGCUUGUGGACCCGACCAAGCGCGAGCUCUCGGACCUUCGCGUUCAUAAUGGCAAAGACGGCGUCGUCCAAGAGGUACUUGCACAGGGCGGGUACAAAGUAGCGUUGAGCGGCGCGGGGACUCGGAAAGACGAGUCAACAGUCAUCUUGGUUAAGCAAGCCAAGCACCUGCGGCGGUCGAAUGCGGACGACGGCGCCGCCAACAACGUCGACAGCCACGACGAAAGCGGCGCCACCGCCAUGUCCGACGACGAGGACGAGGUGACACCGUCCAAGGCGAUCCCGGCCAACGACAUUGACGAAGGGUCGGACGGGGACAACGAAGAGGAGGAGGAACCGGCGGACGAAGAGCCGAGUCGGCCUCGCAAGGCCAAAAAGAAGGAGUCGGGGUCGCUACUGUCGGACUUGGACACGGACCUGUGGAUCGGGCGGCGGGUGCGCAUCAACGUAGGCAAGUUCUCGGGACAGGCGGCGCUCGUGCUCAAGUCGGGCAACGGAUGGGUUCAGCUCAAAAUGGAGGGCGGCCACGAAGCCACCGCCAAGCGCGCGUACGAGCUGACGCUGCUCGAGACCCUCUCGGCUAUUCAACUGGCGCCGCCAUCCACCGCCGCCGCUUCGGACAACAAAUCCGAGCCCGACAACGACGUCGACAUGGAGGAGGACGCCGAGGACAGCGGGUCGGAGCAUGGGCGCGUGGCGGGCAGCGGACUGCGGCGGCGCGGCCAUUAUGCGCAGUCGUGGAUCGAGCGCAAGGUGUACUUGCCAGGGAACCACGGCACGGGUAUCGUCAAGAAGGCGGACCGCGACGUGUGCACGGUGGAGGUGGAGAACGCGAGCAAAAGCAUCAAAGUGUUCAAGAAGCAGGAGCUUGUGCUCAUCGAAGACGACUUUACGAUCACACAGCACCGACACCACCGCCGCCCCAACAAGGCGGCCACCAAGCUCAACCUCCCCGACGGCGUCGUGUUGAUGGGCAUCACCACGCAACGGUACACGUUGUUUCAAGACCAAGUGAAGAAACAUGUGACACGGCGGCGCGAUAAGAUCAAGAUGCGACCGAAUCUGAUGGAAUGGCAGUCGACGCUCGACACACGGCUGCACACGUCCGUGGCCGCCGACGACUUGGCCGACGUCAUCGACUUGUUCGUUUUGCCUUCGUGCGCCCUCUGCGGCGUUGAGAAGCAGGAACCGGAUGGGGCGUGCUGGAAUGUGCAAUGUCCGCGCUGUCCUGUGUUUGAUGCAGAUGCGGCCAACGGAGUGCGUGGGUGCAGCAGACUACCCCUCAAACCAUUGACCGACCGGUAUGUGUCGUUGAAAGCUCAAAUCCCCGAUGUCGUCGAAUCCUCCUUCUCGACGGCAGCACCCCCAGAGCCCGAAACCACCACGUCGAAUCAACAACCGGUACACGAUGAGCUAUGAUAUAUAUAGCUGCUAAACACUAGCAUAUCGGACAGUGUAUGAUGACCUCAUGAUGCAGGAUGCUGCCGCCUCACGCAAACGCAGACGAAAAGACUCCCUGUCUUCGACUGUCGAUGUCGACGACAAGGACGGGGUGCCGCCACCCCCAUCACCUGCACCACCCGUCCAAGCAGGUCCUAGCGCAUGGAGGUCCGAAGAACCUGGCCUGCCGCCACAUGUGGCGCCUCUCAAGGUUGAAGCGCCGAUGGAGCCUCCGUCCAUGACACCUUCGCAAGGGUCGCCCUUGCCGUCGUCUGGUGCCACAAUGCCUACGUUUCGGCCAGCGUACGAAAGCGUGUUUUCCAAAAAAAUGUAGAAAUCACAUUUUUUCCAAAUCUAAUUCAGGUUGUUUUCAUUUUUCUUCCAAAA